UUGAUUUAGCCUAUUAAUUAUACGUAAUCUGUCUACAUGUACAUAAGCCCAUCGUCACGGGUUCUGUGUAACCCCAUUAAUACAGAAAGCCUGCUUUAUUCUCAGCAAAGGUAGCUAAGCAGAGAUCUUUUACACCGAGUCUCUAUCCUUGCCCUUGCCAACAACCAACCUGCCUCAACACCAUGACGAGCUCAGAGUUACCUUCAUUCGAGUCGAUCCGCGACUCUAACCACGUGGUUCUCAGCUCGAUGGACAUGCUGCGACUCCAGUGGAAGCCCUUUGGCCCGUUCAGCACAUGUAUCCAAGUCGUCGAUGACGUGGAUACUUCCUCCGGCCAGCAGCCGUACCGCAUAAACACGCAAUCCUUCCACCCUAUCUCCACCCUGGCCGUCACCGAACCGCCAGUCUCAUCCAUCACGGUGAGGCAAGACGACCUGGAACAGUGGGAAGCAGACUGGGCUGAGUUGCAUGUCCCUCACGCCGACGACCACCCCGAUGGGACGGCGUGGGCAGCGGAAAUGCAAGAGGACAACGAAGAAGGGCACUGGGAACAUACGGGAGGAGACGACGGUGAGGGACGCAAGCUCAUGCGCUGCUGCAACGAGGAUCGACCCAAUGCUACACCUCCGCUUGUAGUAAGAGCGUCAACGCAACCCUUCGUGACGAUCCACGACUUUGUCACGACGGUCCAUCCGUGGCUUCAGACCGUGCGAGAUGAUAUUCUCAGCGCCAAGGGCGUCACCCAGGGAGGGCCACUGCCCGUGGAAACACCCCUGUAUGUCCAUCCACUUGGUUUGGACAGACUUAGGUUGGUCGAGGGACGCAACCAACUGCCCGAUUUUAUGCACACGUGGCAAGGCGUGGCAGAGCAUGGUCGGAGACGUGUCGAUGUGACCUUGGUAGGAUAGAAUGCUGGAGGAGCCCAGGCAGGCAGAUAGGCGUUGGGUUUGAUAAGUCGAACCUGGUUUACAAACACGGAUGAGUACCAGAGCAACAAGCCGAGACCAGAUGGUACUACUGCCAAGCUUGUUAAGGCACUGGCUUUGUGAAGGGACAGCUAUAAACAGUUAACAAAGUACUGAUAACAUGCUGAUGGACCUGGGCUGCAAUAGUGGUAGUGAAAGAAGC